AUGGCCUCUCCUUUCAUUAUAAUCACGGCCCGGGCGCUGCAAUGGGCGUUUGUGUUCCUUAAUUUAGAGAAGGCUCCUAUUGUCGUCAAGUCAUUUGCCGCCACAAAAGGCGUCGUUGACAUGACGGCAGCCCCUGCAAUCGACCAUGCGAGAGUACGCAAGGCGUGGGCCUACCCCUUCUCCGGUACAGCACUUCUGGACCAGGAGAGGCUGAUGUUGAAGCAUAUCGACGGAUUCGUGGAGGUAAUGCGUCGCUUUGAGAGAAAUCAAGAGGCAUUUGACAUCCCCACCUGGUUCGGACUCACCACGUUUGACAUCAUCGGCGAACUGGCCUUUGCUGAGCCCUUUGGAUGUCUAACCGGCGGUGGUGGGUCUGAUUGGGUCGAGGCUGUCUCCAAGAUCGGACAAACUAUUGCUUAUCAGCAGGCAACGAGGCGUCUCAUCGGCGCCGAUACAUGGCUGCAGAAGAGAUUGAUGGAACUGCUACUCCCAAAGAGCACCUCUGAAAGUCGGUGCACGCAUAUCUCAAAUAGCAAGAAGAAGACUCUGGCCCGCAUAGCGGACACUGAGAGAGAGCACAAAGACUUCCUUUACUACGUACUGAAAAACGCAAAGGAAAACAUGUCUCUAUCCGAAGAUGAAAUAUUGGCAAAUGCGGCGUUGAUGAUUGGAGCAGGAAGCGACGCUACUGGAAUUGCGAUUUCGGUGUGGAUGAACUCAAUGUUGAGACACAAGACGGCAUACGAGAAGCUCACAACGGAGAUACGCACCAGCUUCGAAUCCGAAAGCCAGAUUUCCUGGGCUACGGUCAAGGACCUUCCAUACCUUGGUGCUUGCAUGAACGAGGCCAUGCGUUUUCACACCCCAGUUUCUUUUCCUUUAAUGCGAUGGACUCCACCUGAAGGUUGCAAUAUAGAUGGUCAUUGGGUACCAGGAGAUACCUCCAUUUCCGUAGCGACAUGGGCUUCAACACACUCGCCGCUCAACUACAGGGAUCCUGACAAGUUCGUUCCAGAACGAUGGUUGCAAAUCGGCACUGGCCAAGGGCCUUAUUGCAAAGACAACAGGGCUGCCUCGCAGCCUUUCGGCUUGGGCCCGCGGGGAUGUCUGGGCCGAAACCUCUCGAUGAUCGAACAACGGCUCAUCAUUUGCCGAUUGCUGUGGAAUUUUGACGUAGAGUUCGACGGCGGCGAUUCAGGCGCUUGGCAGUGGGACCCUGCGGGAGAUUUCAAGCAUAUGCGGGCUUUUGCGGUCUGGAAAAAGCCACCAUUGAUCGUACGGCUCAAGGAGAUCAAAAGAUAG